AUGACGACGAUAUUUAAAAAUGCGGCAUGGAUAUCAGUGCCGCAAUUUGGGGACUGGGAUCAGAAGGGGCAAGUUCCCGAUUACUCAUUAGAUUUCUCAAAGAUCAGAGAAACAAGGAAGCAGAACAAGACUAACAUUUCAAGGGCAAGUCUUGGUAACGAAGACGAGUUCAUUAACCCAAACACCACCGCUGCCACUUUAGAAAACACUACUGGCCAUAGCCACAACGAGCAUCAGCACCCUCACUACCAUCAAAACAGUUCUCACUCUCCAACUACAAGGAGAAGCUUCCUUAGCUACUUCAACUGUUGUGUGAAGGCUUAGCGUGUACAACCUUUGCUCCUGCUUUCUAAAGAUUUUCUGAACAGGCAUGGGUUAUUCUUCUGCUUAGUUUGGUGAUAAUUAUUUGGCCAUUGUACUUGAUUUUAGAAAAAUAAAAUCUUUACUUUUCAGCCUA